AGGCGGGGAAGGCGCCGGCCGGGGCUUCCUCCUCCAUGGCUGGGUUGUCGGCGGCGCUUGGCGGACUCCCGGACCGCUCGCGGGGCUUCGGGGCUCCUUUCCGCGGGGCUCCGGCCGCCUCCGCCUCCUGAGAGCGGAGAAAACGGGCCCGGGGCUGGGAUUGGGGGGAGAUGUCGAUGAACGGCCGGAAAAGUGGCGGGAGACCCUCGUACUACUACCGGCUGCUCCGGAGGUCGCGGCUGCAGAGGCAGCGGAGCCGUUCGCGGAGUCGCAGCAGGGCCUUCCACCGGGACUCCCCACCGGAAAGGACCGGGCAGAGACGUGGCAUGCCGGGUGGGGCUUUGGAGAAGAAUCCCAGCAUGGAUCUGGCAGCCACCACCCCAUUCCGGGUCACGGGCUUCCUCAGCCGGCAGCUGAAGGGCUCCAUCAAACGGACCAAGAGCCAGUCCAAGCUCGACCGGCACAGCAGCUUCCGCCACGUCCUCCCGGGCUUCAGGAGCGCCGACCAUGAGAGAUCCCAUCUAAUGCCGAGGCUGAAGGAGUCACGUUCCCACGAGUCACUGCUCAGCCCUGGUAGCGCGGUGGAAGCCCUGGACCUCAGCAUGGAGGAGGAAGUGGUCAUUAAGCCUGUGCACAGCAGUAUCCUUGGCCAGGAUUUCUGCUUUGAGGUGACAACAUCGUCUGGGAGCAAAUGCUUUUCCUGCCGGUCUGCAGCAGAACGCGACAAAUGGAUGGAGAAUCUGCGACGAGCCGUGCACCCGAACAAGGACAACAGUCGGCGAGUGGAGAACAUGCUCCAGCUGUGGAUUAUCGAAGCCAAAGAACUGCCCGCGAAGAAGCGUUACCUGUGCGAACUCUGCCUGGACGAGGCGCUCUACGCCCGCACCACCUGCAAGCUGAAAACGGACAAUGUCUUCUGGGGGGAGCACUUUGAGUUCAACAACCUCCCGCCCCUGCGGGGUAUCGCCGUCCACUUGUACAAGGAGACGGACAAGAAGAAGAAGAAAGACAAGACCAACUUCAUUGGGCUGGUCAGCAUCCCGGCUGGCUCCGUCACAGGGCGCCAGUUCGUGGAGAAGUGGUACCCAGUCGUGACUCCCAACCCCAGCAAGGGCAAAUCCGGGGGGCCCAUGAUCCGCAUCAAGUCACGCUACCAGAGCAUGAGCGUCCUCCCCAUGGAAACGUACAAGGAGUUUGCGGAAUACGUCACCAACAACUACAUGGUUCUCUGCUCCGUGCUGGAGCCACUGCUCAGCGUCAAGAACAAGGAGGAGAUGGCCUCGGCUUUGGUCCACAUCCUGCAGAGCACGGGGAAAGCCAAGGACUUCCUGACGGACCUCAUGAUGUCCGAGGUCGACCGCUGCGGGGAGAACGAGCACCUGAUCUUCCGAGAAAACACACUGGCCACCAAAGCCAUUGAGGAGUACCUGAAGCUGGUGGGGCAGAAGUACCUGCAGGACGCCUUAGGAGAGUUCAUCAAGGCGCUGUACGAAUCGGACGAAAACUGCGAGGUGGAUCCCAGCAAGUGUUCCUCUUCGGAUCUCCUGGAGCACCAGAGCAACCUGAAGAUGUGCUGCGAACUGGCCUUUUGCAAGAUCAUUAACUCGUACUGCGUCUUUCCCCGGGAGCUGAAGGAGGUUUUCGCCUCAUGGCGCCAAGAGUGCAGCAGCCGCGGCCGGCCGGACAUCAGCGAGCGGCUGAUCAGCGCCUCCCUCUUCCUCCGCUUCCUCUGCCCGGCCAUCAUGUCGCCCUCCCUCUUCAACCUGCUCCAGGAGUAUCCGGAUGACCGCACUGCCCGGACCCUGACCCUCAUCGCCAAGGUCACCCAAAACCUGGCCAAUUUUGCCAAGUUUGGGAGCAAGGAAGAGUACAUGUACUUCAUGAACCAGUUUCUGGAGCACGAAUGGACGAACAUGCAGCGCUUUCUCCUGGAGAUCUCCAACCCAGAGACCAUCUCCAACACGGCCGGCUUUGAGGGCUACAUCGACCUGGGCCGGGAGCUGGCCACUCUGCACUCCCUGCUCUGGGAGGUGGUGGCACAGCUGGAUCAGAACACGGCCACCAAGCUGGGUCCCUUGUCGCGCCUCCUCAGGGACGUCAACGGCGCUCUGAGCAACCCGUCCUGCGUGCAGGUCUCGGUCACGAGCGACCCGGCCGCCUCCACCCCAAAUGCUGGCAACGGCAUCUCUGUGGGGCUCCAGAAGAUGGUCCUUGAGAGCGACCUGUCUGGUCUGAUAGAUUUCACACGGUUACCGUCUCCAACCCCUGAAAACAAGGACUUGUUUUUUGUCACAAGGUCUGUGGGGGCUCAGCCGUCACCCGCCCGGAGCUCCAGCUACUCGGAGGCCAAUGAGCCCGACGUCCAGAUGGCCAAUGGCAGCAAGAGCCUCUCCAUGGUGGACUUGCAGGACAAUCGUCUUUUGGACGGCGGGGGCGGUGGGCUGGGGGCUGCCGAAGCGCUUCCCGAGAGCCACCCCUCCGCCGGGCAGGCCUGGGGCACGCGGACUCAACAGAGCGGCGCAACGGGCACUGCCACCGUGCGCCGCUCCGCACAGACGCCCACCACCCCCAACGCCGAGAACGCCCCUGGCCGGCCGCAGCUGCUGGCCCCCCUCUCCUUCCAGAACCCCGUCUACCAGAUGGCGGCCGGCUUGCCGCUGUCCCCCCGGGGACUGGCCGACUCGGGCUCCGAGGGCCACAGCUCGCUCAGCUCCCACAGCAACAGCGAAGACUUGGCGGCGGCCACCAAGCACGGGUUCGGCAACCCCAGCGUCCCAGAGGACUUUGCCCGGCGUGCCGGAGAACUGGCCCGCCGGCAGCUCUCUGUCACCGAGAAGGGCGGGCAGCCGACGAUGCCCCGGCAGAACAGUGGCGGCCCCCAGCGGCGGAUAGACCAGCCCCCGCCCCCGCCCCCUCCCCCGCCCAUCACUCGGGGCAGGACCCCUCCUUCCUUGCUGAGCACCUUGCAGUACCCCCGGCCGGCCAGCGGGGGCCUGCUUUCCUCCUCGCCUGACUGGCCAGGCAGCGGUGCCCGCCUGCGCCAGCAGUCCUCCUCUUCCAAGGGAGACAGCCCCGAAAUGAAACAGCGCACCAUGCACAAGCAGGCCCCUUCUCCGGUGAACCCCAAUGCGCUGGACCGCACGGCCGCCUGGCUCUUGAACAUGAACGUGCAGUUUCUGGAAGAGGAAAACGUGGAGGCGGAAUGCAAGCUCAGGAGUAAAGACGAGCUCAGCCAGGAGGAAAAGUAUCAGCAAGAUAUGGCAGUGCUGCAGGACAAGCUGCGCCAAUCUGCCAAGAAGCUGGAGGAGUACGAAGUGCGCUUCCGGUGCCAGGAGGAGGGCACGCAGAAGCUGGCGCUAGAGUACCAAGCCCGGCUGGAGGAGAGCGAGGAACGGCUGCGGAGGCAGCAAGAAGACAAGGAAAUACAGAUGAAGGGCAUCAUCAGCAGGCUGAUGUCGGUGGAGGAGGAGCUCAAGAAGGAUCACGCGGAAAUGCAGGCGGCUGUGGACUCCAAGCAGAAGAUCAUCGAUGCGCAGGAGAAACGCAUCGCCUCCUUGGACGCAGCCAACGCCCGGCUCAUGAGCGCCCUCACGCAGCUGAAAGAGAGGUACAGCACGCAAACCCGCAAUGGGAUCUCCCCCACCAACCCGACUAAAUUGCAGAUCACCGAGAGCGGUGAAUUCCGGAACAGCAGCAGCUGUUAACCCAGGGACCGGCUGCUGCGGGCGUGCGAGAGCGAGAGGAGAGCCAAGUCAAGCGCCCAGGAGGGGUGAGCUACCUGGCAUGGGCCUGGCACUCCCCUGGACCGCCUCCUCCAGCGGGCAAAGCCAAGUGGAAACCCCCCCCCCCGAGCCCUCUUCGCCAGCAGCCCCUGGCCCAGGGAUGGCGCUGAUUUGCACAGGAGCCUCCAACCGAGCAGGAGCGAAGCCACUUGUCCAAAGAAGAUGCUUCAACAGCAAAGCCAGGAAUGCGGAGAGACUUCUGACGUGCCCAGCACCCUGUUACAGCGAGUUCUCUCUGACCUGUCGUACCUCCUGGCACUGCCACCACCCUGGAAUUUGCCCUGCUAGGCGCCGCCACAUCUCACCGGGUGCUCAUUCGGUGCCAGGGGCCUCGUCCCCCCUUCAUCCGGGGCAUGGCACCUCCUCCCAGCCCCAACAGAGCUCAUCAAGGAACGGAGGAGGAAUUGGGGCAGCUCAGGGGCUCCAUCAUGGGCAGAAGGAGUCUCUGCAGAGGUGUUAGAUGCGUCUCUGUGUGAGUCCCUGAAGAAUGACUGCCAGCCAGAAAACCUCAACCCCAGCCGGAAAGUUCAAAGUCCGUUUAAAGAUGUUCCUCUCUCUCUCGGUUUAAGUUUGCAGAGUUAAUUUGGGGAGGUGUCAACUUUUAUCAGCACGGAUCCCCCCUUCCAGCACUUAGCCCCCCCUUCCGCAUUUCUGCCCCAAGGGCCGGAGACAAGGCCAAAAAUAAAGGGCAAAGGGCAGAAGGAGAUGAGCGAGGCUGACCACCCUGCAUCUAGGCACAGGUUUCGCAUGCCGUAUUCUGCAAAUGCAACAAAUUAGCUCAGCGGCAAGAAGGCCUGUUUUGGUCAUCUUCAGGCUGGCGAGACCCAAACAGUUUGAAAAGGAAGUGAAAGCUGCAGAAGACUCCUCCCUCUUGCCCUCUUGCCCUGCCCUGCCCAAGCAGCAGAAGCGAGAACCCACCUGAUGUGCUCCUGGGGCAUUUCGGAAGUCCUGACGCCCCAGGGAAGAACAGUUGUGGCCAUACGACCUCUGGCCGAAGGGCUCUUUUGCUGUGCCAAACAUCAACAGUGGAAGGAAAUCGGCUUCCUGCUACUAAACGAAACUCUUAGAGCCCAAGAAACACAUCCACACCAGGGCACAGUGCAAUAGUGCAUCAGGGGAUACCAAGGCAGCCAAAUCUUUGGCGGGGUUUGCAAAAGGAAGAAACCAGCCGCUUUGCCGGCCUGGGCCUCCGGGGAGGGGUGUUGGGGUAACGGCUCCCCCCUCAAUUUCCUAGCACCAAGGGAGCUGCCGCCCCACAGAUGGGGAGGACCCCCACUUUCUAGAAAGCUGCUCACAAAAGGGGGUGGGGGUGUCUGCUUGGCGGGGUCUCUCGCGUCCCGAGCGGGAUCCAACUGGCCGGGGAGGGGCCGCCCCGCUUAGCAGCCCUGUUUCUCCAGCAACGUGUAUGGCGGGUCCCUGCAUGAUGGCUGCCGGAGAAGCACCAGAGGACGAAAAAUAACAGCCUCCCUCGCCUACGAAGGCCGGUAACUCCCUCUCUUUUUUCUUCCACAGUCUGCGUUAGGAAUAAAACGGCCCAAAGCCCAAAGCAGACCUUUCUGGAGUCCUCUCCUCUUUUCGGGGGGUGUGGGUGCUACGUGGGAAGCUUGCCACCUCGAAGAGGCCGCACAAAAGAGAGUAAACGAGCAAGGACGCGCCCUCUGAAAAGUGCCGGGGCCCCCCUCCCCUAAUCUGAACCGCUGGGCAGCCCUAGCCGAGCUGGUGGGCCCGUCUUGGCAGUGUGGUUCGUUGUGAGACGGGGUGCGCGAGGUGUGUAGGAGGCAGCGGCCGCAGAGGAAGGCAAAAAACAGAAGCCAGACGUUGAAUCCCUCUCGCUCCAAACGCUUCUCCUCCGCCAUCCGGCUCUGCUGCGUGCAAACUCUGGCCCUGGGCCCUUCCCCCGAAGACCCGAAGUUUAAUCCUGACAACACCCCUCACCUGGGCCCGAACCUUCGCAGACAAUCAUGCUACUUUUCUGCACCCCGCUUUCUCUCUCUCUCUCUCUCUCUCUCUCUCUGUCUCUGGGACGAAGGAACCAAUGCAUAAAGAUCAGUGGCACCACUGGGCACCUCCAAGUAGUCCUUUCUAGCCCCCGCCCCCAAUUCCCCAGGUGGCCAUUUGUAAGGUGGGUGCCCAUCACCAAGGAGGGUGCGUGCAAAACGGAGCACAGAUUUCAUUCGGGCACGGUGCCCAGGCAGGGUCUUAGGCAGCCUGGGCAAAGCAGCAGAGGACUGGGCGCCUUUCCUUGCCAACCACUCCCUUGAGGGGCCUUGCCAUCCCAGAGCCACAGCUGUUGAGCCAAGCCAAUCUUCUGAGUCGGGCGUCCAUCCAAAGCCCUUCCCAGCCAGCCGUACCUUAAGUAAGUGGGCACCUUCCACUGCGCUGUCCUUGGUCCUGCUGGGGACUCUCCAGGGUGCUGGGAACAUUUGCCAAAUGUCAUGUCACAAAAGCUGGAACCUGCCCGCCAGGAAGCCCUCUGGCCUCACCCACCAGAGGCCUUGCCAGGAGGGAAUUCCUGUGCCAUCCGUUGCUUCAGCCCAGCUUCUGGGUGCUCGACCGGAUGGCCUCACUUCCGGUGCCUCCCUUCCUCACCCCUCAAGCCUGGGCAUGUGGGAGGGCACCCCAGCUCCGUUCUCCCAAUGGAAAGUGAGAGGCCUCCGCUGCCCUUUUGUUCUCGGGGGGGGGGGAGUGUGUGUGUGUGCGCGAAGCCCCCUUUCCUCUGAUCUUGAACUUUCUGCCAUAUGAACUUGUUACGAUCUGUAAGGUUUUCUUUUUUUACAACUAACCCUUAUAUAAUACACUGAUCUUUAGAAGUUGUACAGGUCCUCUUUGUAAAACGGAGAAAGAUGUUUUCAAGUAUCGAAUAUAAUGUGCCAUUUUUUUUUUCCUCUUAAUUUUUUGCCUGAGCAUACAAAAAAACGGCUGCUUUGAUUUAGGGGAGCUCAGCACAGUGUUACAGCCACGCAGGGCAGGGAAAAACGGGGCUGCCUCUAUCCAAACUCACCCUGUGAAAACCCAAAUAUGGAUGGUCUCACGUGGUCCGGUCCCUUUUGCUUGUUUUGGAAGUGAGCUUUGUGGUUCCUACUAAAUUCUGGAGGAAGAAAAUGUCGAUACCAAAAAGGCAAAGGUGUAUUUUUUUCCCAAUGCAGGAUCCGUUCCUAAUUUGACACUCGGGCCAAGCCAGCUUAGUGGAAACAGCACUGAGUUCCUGAGGGCUGAAUCGAAGACCCUGGGGGGGGAUGGGGCACCCCACAACUGUAACCCACAAUGCAAAGGAAUCGGGGGGGCUGGGUUGAUCCCAAAGGCAUGUCUGGCUUUCUGGAUGAGACCCAAUGGGUAAAAAAACCCCACUGAAUCGCUCUUGGGAAGGUGGGCACCUCUCCAUUGGUGCCAGGGCCCGCCAGUCCAGGAGCUCAGAUCAAGAACAAACAGUGCCAAGGUGUAGUUGAACCCUUAACCAGGCGGUCUGGACCUGAUCUAUCCAAGGGGGACAGUCUUGUUUGCUUUCAGACUGUUUGGGCAGGGGGAAGGUUUUGCCCAAUAUCCCCCCCAUCACAGCCCUCAUUGGGGUUGGGGAGCAAGCCACGGGGGCCCACCUAGCUCCUCGGUGGCAAUCUGUCCAGCAUAAUAGGCUGGAGGGAUUUGGCUUGGCCACAGGGCUAAGUAGCCCCCUCCUCUCCCCCUGGCAGGCAAGUCCACCCACCUGGGCAUCAGGGUGCAGAAGGUGGGCAAAAGGAAAGCAGCUGACAUUGGCCCUCAUUCUGCAUCCCUUGCCCUACUAUGCCACGAGGGUCUGCGUGGCUUUGGCACUUGAGGGGACGCAGGGAUUGGGCCCCUAUCCGGAAGAUAGGAGGUAAAAGGCUUCACCAAAACCUCCAAGGUGGGUGGAUGGUCUAUUGGGGAAAGACAGUGAUUUUUCAAACAAACGGGACUCUCUGAGGUUGCUCUGUGGUUCGGCAUCCACUUAUGUGGGGGUGGGGGGGAAUAUAUCUCCAUGUGGUCUCCUUUCCCUUUUCCCUCCUGGACAGCAGCACUGUAUCUUCAAAUAUACCUCUCUGGCGCCCACAAGCGUCCUGGGUCCCUCUUGCUCCCUGUUCAAACCAGUCUCCGUGUUUUAUAGCCUCUUCUAAAAGAAACCAAGCAAAAAAUAAUGACAAUAAUAAUAAAAUAAUUUUUGUAAGUAUGUUUAAUAAAAUAAUAAUAACGAAUAAUAAUAAUAAUAAUAAUAUGAAGCCGAGCGGCAGGACUUGCUGAGUCAUUUCCUUCAGUUUUGCGUUUGAAUAAUGUACAGAGAAUGUAGUUUGUGUCCAGAGCAAAGAACCAUGACGUGUGCGUGCCAUUUAUGUACAUUUGCAAUUAGAAAAAAUAUUAAAGAUUUAUUUAGCUAU